CGAAAAUCGAUGCAAUCUAUUUUUAUUUCUAUAUAUAAAAACUCUUAUUUAAUGUAGUAAAAUAGGUUUAAAAGUACUAUUCCUCGUGUAGCAGCACAGGAACGGCACUGAAUCAUGUCUGAAGAGGCGGAGAAUAAAACAGACUCAAUAACAGUAAUAGUGAAGAAGGAGGUAGGUACGGAAGAAAAUGAUCAGGAACGAUCAAAAGAAGUUAUGGAAGAAACGAAUAAGGUUACGGAAGGGACGGAGAAUGAAGAACCAUUUGAAUCGGUUCAACUGAAGAUGGAGAUAGUGUGUGUAAAGGAGGAGCCACACUGGGACGGGACAAAUGAUACAGCUGAUCAGGCGGGCUUGUACAACAUCCACGGGACUGAUGAUGAAGUGUUCGGGACGGGGUCCAUGCAGACAGCUGAAGCAUUCACAAAUGCACCAUUAUUGGGAGGAAACUUAAAACAAGAGAAGAUCGAAGAGUUCAUCGUGCCAGACCAACUAGGUUGUUCCACGUGGGGCGUCCAAGACAACAGCAUGAUACUACAGAUAACCCAGUUAUCCACCUCCAUUCAAGAAGGCACUCUCUUCAGAAGGAGGUUCAAAGAACGCAAGAAAAAAUCAAAAACCGACGCUCCUAAUGACGAAGAAAGAAAAUAUGCGUGCGAUCUAUGCAACAAGAAGUUCACAGCAAAAAAGUACCUAAUCGGACAUAUGAAUUAUCACAAGUAUAAAAAACCUUUCCAUUGCGCUAUUUGUGAUAAAACUUUCUCGUGCGAGACCUACGCUACUGCUCAUGAACGGAUUCACACGGGGGAGAGACCAUAUAGCUGCAAAAUAUGUAGCAAAUCCUUCAGAUGCUCAAGCCAUCUGAUUAAGCAUGAGAGGACUCAUACGGAAGACAAACCGUUCGCUUGCGAAGUAUGUAAAAAGCAGUUUAGAGAGAAAACGCAACUGAAGCUUCAUGAGCUCUUACACAAAGGGGAGGAAGCUAAACAGUAUCCGUGCAAGUUUUGCCCAAAGAAAUUCAUACAUAUGUAUAAGCUGACAAUUCAUGAGAGGAACCAUACUGGGGACAGACCGUUUGUGUGUAAAACGUGCGGAAUGAGCUUCGUCCAAAAGUUCCAACUGGACAGUCAUAACAGAUUACACACAGGUGACAAACCGCGUGUAUGCGAAAUAUGCGGCAAGCAUUUUAUAACGAGAGCGGACUUGGUAAGACACGAGCGGACACACACUGGAGCCAAGCCGUAUACUUGCGAUACAUGCCAGAGGCAAUUCAGUCAGAAAGCGCAUUUGAACUCUCACAUGUUGAUUCACAGCGGAGAGAAACCUUACUCAUGCCAAACAUGCUCUAAGAAGUUUAGCUGCAAGCCUUCUUUGGUUAUUCACGAGCGAGUUCAUACUAACGAGAGACCGUAUCCUUGUAGGAUAUGCGGGCGGCAGUUUAAACAGGGCGGUGUCAGGAGGAGGCAUGAAGCUACUCACACGAGGGACAAAACCAUAGUCUGCGACAUAUGUAACGAACUUUUUGCGCUGAAACGAGAGCUAAAGAAACACGUGAGGUUGAUGCACACUGUGUAUACUUGUGAUAUUUGUAGUAAGGAUUUUAGGGAUAAAUUCAAUUAUAACAGACAUGUCCAGACGCAUGGGGAAACGGCUGAGGAAAAUGGGGACACGCAUUGUGAAACUGCGGAGGAAAAUGGGGAUACGCAUUGUGAAACUGCGGAGGAAAAUGGGGAUACGCAUUGUGAAACUGCGGAGGAAAAUGAAGAUACUAAUAGUGAGGAUAAUGAUGAUGUUGAAGAUGUUGAAAAAACCGUUUAGUUAAUUUUGUAUGUCCCAGAUUUUGUUGUAUUUCUGCUUUAGUGACCCACUGCUGGGCAAAGGCCUGCAAUUCUUCUAAUAGAGCCUGUAUUUUCUUUUCUUUACAUAUUUCAUAUAUAUAUAUUUGUUCCGUCUUGAGUCGUCGGCAACCCAAACUCUCCUUAGAAUUUGUACACUCUUUUUUGUUAAGUACUUAACACAGCAAA